AUGGCUAACCCUUUCCGCUCCGCCCGCCUCAUCUACCGCGCCGUAGAACCCACCGAGGACGAGGCUUUCAUCCUCACUAUGCAACAAGAUCCAGUAUCAUUCAGCAAUUCGAACGCAAUGAUCGCUAAACCGCAGAGCAAGAAGGAUGCUCUCAAAUGCAUUCAAUCUUUGGAAGAAGCGCUCCUCGGAGUCGUAAUAUGCUUGCCACCCACGGAGGCGCAUGGGAAGCCCAUCCCUAUUGGCGCGAUUUCUCUGAAGCCGGUGCCCGUGCCGAUGAUGCACCAUCGAUCUACGGAGAUUGGGAUUGGCAUAGUACAAGCGUAUCAAGGCCAAGGUUAUGGGAGCGAAGCGAUCAACUGGAUCCUUGAAUGGGCUUUUGAGACCGCCGGGAUGCAUAGAGUGAGCGUUCGGCAUUUCGAGUAUAACGAAGGCGCGGGAAGACUGUACAAGCGACUAGGAUUCAAGGUCGAGGGCGUGAUUAGAGAGGAGUUGUGGCAUAAAGGUCGAUGGUGGAAUGGUGUCCAAAUGGGAAUGCUUUCGCAGGAGUGGACGGAGCUACAACAGAAACGGGAGACGCACAACUAA